GAGAAAGCGGAGUGUUCUUCCGCCGAGCCAGCGAGGGCUGUUUCCGGAUCGCUCGCGGCGGCCUCCCACCGUCUCUGCCUUCCCCGCCAUUAAGAGCCGCCCUUCCCCCGCCUUCGCUGCCCUCCGCACCGGUUGCCCGGCGCCGCCGCCUCUUUCUUUUUCUUCACCGUCGAGGAGAGACCAGCUCCCCCGCCCCGCCGUCGGGCUGGAGCCCUCAAACCCCAACAACGCUUCCGCCGCCAUGGCUCAAAUCCUGCCCAUCCGCUUCCAGGAGCAUCUCCAGCUCCAGAACCUGGGCAUUAACCCGGCCAACAUUGGCUUCAGCACUCUGACCAUGGAGUCUGACAAAUUCAUCUGCAUCCGAGAGAAAGUUGGAGAACAGGCCCAGGUGGUCAUUAUCGACAUGAAUGAUCCUAGCAACCCCAUUCGCCGUCCAAUUUCAGCCGACAGCGCUAUCAUGAACCCUGCUAGCAAAGUCAUUGCCCUAAAAGCCGGGAAGACCCUUCAGAUCUUUAAUAUCGAGAUGAAGAGCAAAAUGAAGGCUCACACCAUGACAGACGAUGUCACCUUUUGGAAAUGGAUCUCUCUGAACACGGUGGCGCUCGUCACAGACAACGCCGUGUACCACUGGAGCAUGGAAGGGGAGUCUCAACCCAUCAAGAUGUUUGAUCGUCAUUCUAGUCUUGCAGGCUGUCAGAUCAUCAACUACCGUACAGAUGCCAAGCAGAAGUGGCUGCUUUUGACUGGCAUAUCCGCGCAGCAAAACCGCGUAGUGGGAGCCAUGCAGCUUUAUUCGGUAGAUAGGAAAGUCUCCCAACCCAUCGAGGGUCACGCCGCUAGCUUUGCGCAGUUCAAGAUGGAAGGCAACGCGGAAGAAUCCACCCUCUUCUGUUUUGCAGUGAGAGGACAAGCUGGAGGCAAGUUGCAUAUCAUUGAAGUUGGCACACCACCCACAGGAAACCAGCCGUUCCCCAAGAAAGCCGUAGACGUCUUCUUCCCACCUGAAGCCCAGAACGAUUUCCCGGUAGCUAUGCAGAUCAGUGAAAAGCACGAUGUGGUCUUCUUGAUCACGAAAUACGGUUACAUCCACCUGUACGACCUCGAAACGGGCACUUGCAUCUACAUGAACAGAAUCAGCGGGGAGACCAUCUUUGUCACCGCGCCCCACGAAGCCACGGCAGGAAUCAUCGGAGUGAACAGAAAAGGACAAGUGCUGUCCGUGUGCGUCGAGGAAGAGAACAUCAUCCCUUACAUCACCAACGUGCUGCAGAACCCCGACUUGGCCCUGCGCAUGGCCGUCCGUAACAACCUGGCCGGUGCCGAAGAGCUCUUCGCCCGGAAAUUCAACGCGCUCUUCGCCCAAGGCAGCUACUCGGAUGCGGCGAAAGUGGCGGCGAAUGCCCCAAAGGGAAUAUUGCGUACCCCAGACACCAUCCGUCGGUUCCAGAGUGUCCCAGCGCAGCCGGGUCAGACCUCUCCCUUGCUCCAGUAUUUUGGCAUCCUGCUGGAUCAAGGUCAGCUAAACAAGUACGAGUCCUUAGAACUCUGCCGGCCGGUGCUCCAGCAAGGACGCAAGCAGCUCCUGGAGAAAUGGCUAAAGGAGGACAAGCUGGAAUGCUCUGAAGAGUUGGGAGACCUAGUGAAAUCCGUGGACCCAACGCUGGCUCUGAGCGUCUACCUGAGGGCGAACGUUCCCAACAAAGUCAUCCAGUGCUUCGCUGAAACGGGACAAGUGCAGAAGAUCGUGCUGUAUGCAAAGAAGGUUGGCUACACUCCGGACUGGAUCUUUCUCCUGAGGAAUGUAAUGCGCAUCAGCCCAGACCAAGGACAGCAAUUUGCUCAAAUGUUGGUUCAAGAUGAGGAACCUCUUGCAGAUAUCACCCAAAUAGUGGAUGUGUUCAUGGAAUACAACCUGAUUCAGCAGUGCACAGCCUUUCUGUUGGAUGCUCUGAAAAACAACCGCCCCUCUGAAGGUCCUCUGCAAACCCGCUUGCUUGAAAUGAACCUCAUGCAUGCUCCUCAGGUUGCGGAUGCUAUCUUGGGAAACCAAAUGUUCACUCACUAUGACCGGGCCCACAUCGCUCAGCUGUGCGAGAAAGCCGGUCUCCUCCAAAGAGCCCUGGAACACUUCACUGACUUGUACGACAUCAAGCGGGCCGUCGUUCACACCCACCUCCUCAACCCCGAGUGGCUGGUGAACUAUUUCGGCUCCCUCUCCGUGGAGGACUCCCUGGAAUGCCUGCGUGCGAUGCUGUCCGCGAACAUCCGCCAGAACUUGCAGAUCUGCGUCCAAGUUGCUUCCAAGUACCACGAGCAGCUUUCGACACAGUCUCUGAUUGAGCUCUUCGAAUCUUUCAAGAGUUUUGAAGGUCUCUUCUAUUUCCUGGGCUCCAUCGUCAACUUCAGCCAGGAUGCAGACGUGCACUUCAAAUACAUCCAAGCCGCUUGCAAGACAGGCCAGAUCAAAGAGGUGGAGAGAAUCUGCAGAGAAAGCAACUGCUAUGACCCAGAGCGGGUGAAGAACUUCCUCAAGGAAGCGAAACUGACGGAUCAGCUCCCGCUAAUUAUUGUCUGUGACCGCUUUGACUUUGUCCAUGACCUGGUGCUCUACCUGUACAGGAACAACCUCCAGAAAUACAUCGAGAUCUACGUGCAAAAGGUGAACCCGAGCCGUCUCCCUGUGGUCAUCGGGGGCUUGCUCGACGUGGACUGCUCCGAAGACGUCAUCAAGAACCUGAUCCUGGUGGUGAGAGGGCAGUUCUCCACCGAUGAACUGGUCGCCGAAGUAGAAAAAAGAAACCGGUUGAAACUCCUCCUGCCGUGGCUGGAAGCCCGAAUCCACGAGGGUUGUGAAGAGCCGGCGACGCACAACGCCCUGGCUAAAAUCUACAUCGACAGCAACAAUAACCCCGAAAGGUUUCUGCGGGAGAACCCCUACUACGACAGCCGGGUGGUGGGGAAGUACUGCGAGAAGAGAGACCCGCACCUGGCCUGCGUGGCGUACGAACGGGGCCAGUGUGACCAGGAACUGAUCAAUGUAUGCAAUGAGAACUCCCUCUUCAAGAGCCUCUCGCGUUACCUGGUGCGCCGCAAGGACCCCGAGCUGUGGGCCAGCGUGCUGCUGGAGAGCAACCCUUACCGAAGGCCCCUGAUUGACCAGGUUGUGCAGACGGCGCUCUCGGAGACUCAGGACCCCGAAGAAGUGUCUGUUACAGUCAAGGCGUUCAUGACUGCCGACCUUCCCAAUGAACUCAUUGAGCUGCUGGAGAAGAUCGUUCUCGAUAAUUCUGUGUUCAGUGAACACAGGAAUCUUCAGAAUCUCCUCAUCCUGACGGCCAUCAAGGCCGACCGCACCCGCGUCAUGGAAUACAUCAAUCGCCUGGACAACUACGACGCCCCGGAUAUCGCCAACAUCGCUAUCAGCAAUGAACUUUUUGAAGAGGCGUUCGCCAUCUUCCGGAAGUUCGAUGUCAACACAUCUGCAGUACAGGUUUUGAUCGAGCACAUUGGGAACUUGGACCGCGCCUAUGAGUUUGCCGAGCGCUGCAACGAGCCCGCCGUGUGGAGCCAGCUUGCGAAAGCUCAGCUUCAGAAAGGGAUGGUGAAAGAAGCGAUCGACUCCUACAUCAAAGCGGACGAUCCUUCGUCGUACAUGGAAGUUGUGCAGGCUGCCAAUGCCAGCGGAAACUGGGAAGAGCUGGUGAAAUACUUGCAGAUGGCCCGCAGGAAAGCCAGGGAAUCCUACGUGGAGACGGAACUCAUUUUUGCACUCGCGAAAACAAACCGUUUGGCGGAGCUGGAAGAAUUCAUCAAUGGACCCAACAACGCCCAUAUCCAGCAAGUCGGCGAUCGUUGCUACGACGAGAAGAUGUACGAUGCGGCCAAGCUCCUCUACAACAACGUGUCCAACUUUGGCCGUUUGGCUUCCACCUUAGUUCACCUCGGCGAGUACCAGGCGGCCGUGGACGGGGCGCGGAAAGCCAACAGCACUCGAACUUGGAAGGAGGUUUGCUUCGCGUGCGUCGACGGCAAAGAAUUCCGCUUGGCCCAGAUGUGCGGCCUUCACAUCGUUGUACACGCGGACGAACUGGAGGAGCUCAUCAACUAUUACCAGGACCGCGGCUACUUCGAAGAGUUGAUAACCAUGUUGGAAGCCGCGCUGGGGCUGGAGCGUGCCCAUAUGGGGAUGUUCACGGAGCUGGCCAUCCUCUACUCAAAAUUCAAGCCGCAGAAGAUGAGGGAGCACUUGGAGCUGUUCUGGUCACGAGUCAACAUUCCCAAGGUGUUAAGGGCAGCUGAACAAGCACAUCUUUGGGGAGAGCUGGUCUUCCUGUACGACAAAUACGAAGAAUACGACAACGCGAUCAUUACCAUGAUGAACCACCCCACAGACGCCUGGAAGGAAGGGCAGUUCAAAGACAUCAUCACAAAGGUGGCCAACGUGGAGCUAUAUUACAAAGCAAUCCAGUUUUACUUGGAGUUUAAGCCUCUCCUACUCAACGACUUGCUCAUGGUGCUGUCUCCCCGGCUCGACCACACCCGCGCCGUCAAUUUCUUCAGCAAGGUGAAACAGCUUCCGCUGGUGAAACCCUACUUGCGCUCUGUUCAAAACCACAACAACAAGUCGGUGAACGAAUCGCUGAACAACCUCUUCAUUACAGAAGAAGACUACCAGGCUCUUAGGACAUCGAUAGACGCCUACGACAACUUCGACAACAUCUCCCUCGCCCAGCGCCUGGAGAAACAUGAGCUGAUCGAGUUCCGGAGAAUCGCCGCCUACCUUUUCAAAGGCAACAACCGCUGGAAGCAGAGCGUGGAGCUCUGCAAGAAAGACCGGCUGUACAAGGACGCGAUGCAGUACGCUUCGGAGUCGAAAGACACGGAGCUGGCGGAGGAGCUGCUGCAGUGGUUCCUGCUGGAGGGCAAGCGGGAGUGUUUCGGGGCCUGCCUCUUCACGUGCUACGACCUUCUCCGGCCGGACGUGGUCUUGGAAACCGCCUGGAGGCACAACAUCAUGGACUUUGCCAUGCCCUACUUCAUCCAGGUCAUGAAGGAAUACUUGAGCAAGGUGGACAAGCUGGAUGCCUCCGAGUCGCUGAGGAAAGAGGAAGAGCAAGCGACGGAGACGCAGCCCAUUGUUUAUGGUCAGCCCCAGCUCAUGUUGACGGCGGGUCCCAGCGUCGCAGUUCCCCCGCAAGCACCUUUUGGCUACGGCUACACUGCACCUCCCUACGGGCAACCUCAGCCUAGCUUUGGGUACACCAUGUAAGGAAGCAAGUCUGGAGCUAGCGUCGUUUUUGUUGAAACUCCACUGUCCCUCCCACUUCAACUCAACAGGGAAAAGCCUCCGUGUCCUUGUAACCUUUACUUUAUGAAGGACUGUGUUUUGUUCGUCCCCCGUCCCCCCCCCCCGGUGCAAGCUCUCUGCACCCCACUUCUACAUAAUCCUUUUUUCCACAUUCCAUAUCACUUAGAACUCUUCCCCCCCCCACUCAAAUGGGAAUAGUUUUAAAUGUUCAAGUGGGCUUUCUCCCCCCCUCCUUUUUUUUCCAGCAAGACUGCAUCUUGACAUUAAACCCAGUCUUUUUGUGACUAUUCCAAUUUGCACUCUGUAACGUUUAAACUCUUUAUCGAAUCUCUUUUUAAGUUCAGUGUAUGUGAGCAGCUUUACCGUCUUAUCUAAAACGCAUUUAAAAGUCUCCUUGUAUAUUCUGAAGGGGGUGGAAAAGCUAAAAACGGAAAGAGAAAGUAUUUGUACCUGGAGUUGAAACACUAAUCGGCAUAUCCUUCCCCAGUCGGAUUGCUUAGCUCUUUUAAAAAAAGAAAGAGAGAGAGAUCUUAAAGAUGCGUACAGACAACCUUUCCUGGAUUUUGAAAACGACAAACCUAGUAGAGUUUUCCCUCUUAACCUAUGCAGGUUUCCAGUUAGUUGUAGAGAAAACGCUAGCGUUUGCUCACCUCAUAUGUAAACAGGAUGACCCUUUCGUUGUGCAACUGUGCCCUGUGUUUUCUUGUGGGGACCAUUUUUAUUUUCCAUUGAGGAAGAAGGGGGAGCAAGCUCAAUCCAAUCUUGCGUGUAUUUGACUAACCCUGCCCUGAGGUUUGUGUAUGUUGGAUAUUGUGGUGUUCAAGAUCACAUUUUUUUCCCCUGAGUGUACAGAAGAGAGAGAAUUUGAACAGGAGGCGUGCAGGGUGGGGAGAACCCAAUUGCUGUUCAAUUUUGUUUGUGCAAUUUAAAAUGACUCGAAUUGGAAAAAAAAUAAAUUACUGGACUGUGGACAUACUCUAUAGUAGUUUUUCAGUAUGUAUCUCUCUUGGAACUCCAUUACCAUGUAUGUGCUUGGCCUCAAAACAAGAGCGAAAAGGUUGGACAGUGUUUUUCAGGUUAAAAGAGAGGGACCAGCAACUUAGCAAAAUACCAAAUUGUUACUGUGGAAAGUACAUUGGCAGGUGACUUGCACUGAAGAGAUUACUUGAGAUGUGUGUGAUAAAUACUUGGAACUAUAUACUGGAUAGGAGCGAGAGGUGAUGGCACUUUUCAGCAGUUGGCUACAGCAGGGCCAAUGACAGCAUCUUCUACCCAGGUGAAAAAGAAGAAGACAAAAAAAUAAAAAUAAAACCUCUUUAGGGUUGUAGUUUUGAGUGUUUUCCAGUUUUAAAAUCUGACAAAAAAGAUCAUGUUAUAGGUAUGUUAAGUUGCCUUAAUAUAUUUAGCUUCAAAAUAAAAUUGACUUAAAUGUUCAA